UCUAGCAAGCGCCUAGACUCUUCUCUAAGAUCAUAUACCACGACACCCCCGCCCCUCUAUUUGCUACCAACUCUAUCUCCAUUAAAAAAACAAUGGUGCUUGAGAUAAACAUAGUUAUCUGAUCUUCACCCAAAUGCGACAGCUGAAGAAGCGCCAUGGCCGCCCCUCUGUUUCCCUCCUUCACUCGGCUCCCAAGAGAGCUUCGAGACCAGAUAUGGUACUAUGCUUUACCCGACGACGAUAGCCCUGCUCUAUUUUCCUACGUCAAGGGAUUUGUAAGACCAUUCAUCUACGACUGCCCGCUCGGCCACAAAUGGUAUGGCCACAAGGUGGGCAUGCGGUUCUACCACGAAGAAUUAGACCCUGUUCCAGUGGACGCGCCUCUGUUGCAUGUAAAUGCCGAGUCAGCGAGCGCUGCCAUUGCUUGGGCCGAAGAAAAGGGUUACAUAGUCUCGCAUGACAUGGAAAAAGACUGUCCGGCCAUAUCGCGGCGUAUGGAUCGCCAUCACGACAUCCUAUACUUUCCACCUGGGGAAGGGGAGGAACUUGCUCAAGAUAUUUGGGAUUUGAACGGCAUUCAUCAUAAGUAUUUCGGUGACUGGUGGAUGCCAACCCAAUACGCUAUUAGUGAGAUGGAGAUGUUGUCUGCAGAGAAAGCUAUAGCCUCUAUAUUCAGCUGCGACGAUACCACUUGUUGUCUAAAGGCUGCUGUGGCAUAUGUUCUGACCGCAGAGAGAGCAACCAUUUUGCCCAAAGCAGAGUUUACGGGAAGGAUCAAAGCACAGCGCUGGAGUAUCCAGCCUGGCAAUGAGAGAGCGCUCGAGUUUGAUUUCACUUCACGCACCUUUCAUGGGGACCAGGCGAUAAACUUGACAGCGAUGCUCUCUUGCGAGUAAUGGAAGACAUGUAUCUCCCGCUCGAAAUGGAUAAACGAAAGUUCUUUUACAUGAAAGUCGUGCAUGCGCGGCGAGAGCUGUAAAGGGAUAUACAAUUAAACGUGAAAAUGCUAUUUGUCAUUCAAAUAGAGACAAAUCAUUAAUACCGCUUCAGUGUUAUUUGUAGGCCGUAUAGUUAUGCAUAGAGAGAAGAAUGAGUAGCAGUACUUGGACAAGAGUAAAGUGCAUACAGAAUAAUAUACAAACAAUUAAACUCCAACUUCUUUGAGACCUUAUUGCAUUGUUACUUCCGUAC